CUCCCUGCGCGCUAGACUCGUGUUGAAGCUAUUCGCACUCGCUAUGCAUGUCUGCAAAUAUUAAUCAAUAUUCAACAGCUUCGCUUCAAUCCUCAUCGUGGCUCCCAUAAUAUCGAGCCGUUCCGACAGGCAAGGAAUGCCGCCGCUGUCGGCUUACACGCCUUUUGAAUCUCUUCUCUUCUUCCAAUGUCUUGCCUCGCUCGCCAGCCAGCCCGUUAACUUUUCCGCCAUAUCGGAUACCCUGUGCAAAAAUCAGUUUGUGAAGGAAAAUGAUGCCUUUGAUACGAGCCGUCUGAGCCCCGAAGCUCUAGAGGACCUCUACACGACUUUGCUGAAGGAAGGGGUUGACGGGAAUUCUAGUAUUGGUAGUGCUGAACCCAACGGCCAUGCCCAAGAUGCUGCCAAUACGAACUCAAAGAAACGCAAGAUUACGAGUGGCAAUGCAAGCGCCGUUACGGCUCAGCAAGCAAAUGCGACAAUCCUACCGGGACUGGUCACCCAGCUCUAUGCUCGGUAUAAAGAUAGAGUGACCAAGGAAAUUCGAGAUGAAGAGAAGAGAUACAGGGAAAUUCGGGAGGAGAUUGAUAGGCUGCAGAAGGAAGAGCUUGAAAAGCCUGCUGAACCGACCGCUGCAAAAGAAGUAUUGCCAGGUCCUGCAAAAGCUGUAGCUACUCCGAGCGGUGAUGAAAUCCAGGUCGAUGAGAAAUCAGAUGUUAAGCCCAAGGCGACACCUACACCCGUGGCUGCCAAUGUUCGUCAGGAGGGCCAACGACAGCAGGAACCUAUCUCCAUUCCGACGCAUGCUGCAAAGUCAGAUGUACCACCCGUUCCUCCCACCAAGGCGCAAGAACCUGUUCCUCCAUCAAAACCAGAGGUAGUCAAACAGCAAGAAACACCUCCAGUCGCACCAGCACCAGCUCCACCAACCACCGCACCCCUGUCGCAACUGCAACCUCGUGUUCCAACUCCCAGGGAAGGCCCUGUUGAUAUUCAUCCUGUCCCUACGUCCAAGCCCACCCCUAAAGCAGCGCCAUUAAAUGGAAAGGCACAACCUCUAGCGCCACAGCCACCAGCUCAACAUCCGCAUGUACAGCAAAAAAUCGAAGUUAAGGUCCCGCCGCCUCCCCAAUCGACUCGACCACCGUCGCAAACGCCGUCACGUUCAGGACCUACGCCGAGCCGUAACCAGCCGGCUCUUCCUCCAGGAUCAACUAUUGUCUUUCAAGCACACCAAGGGCCGAGCUUACCGGCUACUCCGACUCAACGCCAUAUUCCUCCGCCGAGCGCGCGCCAAAUAGCCCCUGUUCCUACUGGUACUCCAAUCGCCCCGAACAUUCCGCCAGGGCAGCAGCAAUUUCAGCAGUGGUCGCCUCAUGCUCAGCUUCCUUACCCAGCUGGUACUAUUCAUGCACCCAUUCCACACGGCACUCCUCAUGGUCCUCCACAUGGCCUACAAAUGGCGCAAAACUCUAUGAUCCCUCAGCAAGCACAAUUUGCCCAGUCUAGUGCUGGAAAGCUGGUCCCAGCUCCAAUUCACGGCGCAUCCCCAAUCACUCCUAUUCCAGACCUUGCACAGGUCCCUCCACAGACCCCGCUUCCAGGAACUCCGUCUUUUCAUACAGGCGUCAAACAAAAACCACCCCGUCCGUCUAUGGAUACAGUUGGGUCCCUGACACCGUGGAAACGCACUCCAGGCUUGAGCAUCAAUAUCCCGGAAACACCUGGAUCUCCGCCACGACCUAAUCCUGCCGAUGUCAGUCCGAUCAGCGACAGAGCACCGUCACCAAUCGGACUUCCCGAACCUACGGCUAAAGAACAUGAGCGAGGGAAGCGCGGUCAAGCAGAAGGUGAAAAGCCUCGUCGUGGCAGGAAACGAAGCGUUCCACCCCUUGACCUAGAGAAAGUAGAAGCAAAGAAUGAAAGGGCGGUAGCAGCUUCCAAGGCAAAACGAGCCGGUAGCACUACAUCGACCAGAGCUAGGGCAAGAUCUGGAGCCUCUCGAGAUGAGGACGUUGCCGAAGUACCUGCGUCACGGAAAAUCAAAGACGAGGCACCGGCGACUCCCGCUGGCAUUUCGGAUGACACUGAAAUGGAGACGAGGAUAGGAAUGCAACGAAAAUCAACUGUAAUUGGGCGAAGUGACGAGGGCAGCCAAGGUAGAGGCCGCCCAAAACGAAAACGCGGUGUUAGCGAAUCCCUAGACACAGACAACAUCCAACCCGCACUCGGUCGUCCUUCUGCCUCCCAACUAAUCUAUUGCACGCGCAACUUCACACGAACCGGCGCACCGCUCAUGAACGAUGUAUCCGCUCACAAACACGCCUCCAUCUUCGGCAAACCCCUAACCGAACGAGAAGCGCCGGGUUACAAGGACCUAAUCUACCGACCCCAGGACCUCAAAACCAUCCGCUCAGCGCUAAACCAAGGCAACAAAGCCGUCGCCGCCGCCACCGAAGCCGUAAACACCCCCAUCGACGGCGAAUCACCCAACCCUGCCUCCUCCAACACCCCUUCCAAAAACGCCGCCUGGUUGCCUAAAACCGCCGAUCUAAUCCCGCCCAAAGCAAUCGUCAACUCAUCGCAGCUGGAAAAGGAGCUAAUACGCAUGUUCGCCAACGCCGUCAUGUUCAACCCGGCACCUGACCAAGAACGCGGGUUUGGUCCAUCGUUCCGAAUUGGCAAGGCUAGCGACUCGCGCUCAAGCUCGCAGCCGUGGGAGCUUGAUGAAGGCGGGAUUACGCGGGACACGCGCGAGAUGUGCGAUGAUGUAGAGAAUGCAGUUACCAAAUGGCGUGCGGCCGAACGGACCACGGCGGAGGAUUUGAGUGGGAAGAAUAUGUUUUCGCUGCGCGGGAAUAGUGGUGAGAACGUGGACAGUACGGAUGGGGAGAUGAAAUAGAUGCAGCAACAGAGGUAGUCUGGAUCUCAGAUCUUUAGAACUAUGAUUCUAAAUGUUCAAUUGAUAUACCAAGCCUUUUUAUUUAUCAACGCCUCAUGUCAUGUAAUUUCAGCAGGUCUAU